UCACUAACGUAAACCUUGUAAAUCUGAUUGCUUUGCAACAUGGAUGUGCAACACAUUUCGACUAUAUAGCAUCAGUUACCAGGGACUUCAACAUAUCAAUUAUUCGUGACUUCCAUAAAUACCAUGACUGAUUGCCGGUGAUCCACGGCCUCUCCUCUUUCGCCGUCGCAGUGGGCGGGGUGAAAAAAUGCGGUAUUUUUGUGAAUGAAAUUACGCCACCUGAACGUGUCUCGAGCCGCUUCGUGAUUGGCUGUGCAGGGGGGACUCGGCCCCCUUCGUCGUAACUGACGUCAGAAGAGACUCAAUGAAGGUAGUUCAGUCCACCAGACUCUGCGUUACACAGAAGAGCUUACGAACACUACUGAGAAGACAAGAGAAGAAGGAGCAGAAACCCAGACAGAGCACUCUUUCUCUUUUGCAUAGGAAAGACACUUGGAUUUCUUACGCAGAGCUCCGAGACUCGGACUUUCAUUCCGUGAUUUAGGUCGAGCUUGGAUUUCAGCUCUCAUCUGGCGGACACUCUGUUUGGAUGGUAGAUUGCUGAAGGAACAUCUAACCUGUCCUUGAUCAAACUUUACCACCUCAAAAUGGCCCUUAAUGAGACUGACAUGGGCUUGGAGGUUGUGUUCGAGAUCGACCCCCUGCUGCAGCUCUCUGAUGUUCGCCUUACACCUGACCCCAUGAUUUCAGCAGUGUUGAGUCCAUGGGACGUGGCACUGUGUGUGUCAGGUUCUCUAAUUUGCUGUGAGAAUGCAAUCAUCAUAGUGACCAUCCUCUCUUCAGCAUCUUUGCGGGCACCUAUGUUCUUGCUCAUUGGUAGCUUAGCUUGGGCAGACUUCCUGGCAGGUGUGGGACUGCUGCUGUACUUUAUGUCUCACUGGUUUGUGUCCUCAAGGGGACUGGAGCUGGCUAGUGUGGGCCUGCUGGUAAGUGCACUCAGUGCAUCCGUUUUCUCCUUGCUGGGCAUUACCCUAGACAGAUUCCUGUCUCUUCACCGAGCCCUGACGUAUGGCUCACGCCACACACAUACACACACUCGCUGUGCCCUGGCUAUGGGAUGGGUUCUGGCAGGCCUGCAAGGGGCCCUUCCUGCUUUAGGUUGGAACUGUUUGGAUAAUGAACAAUUAUGUAGCGUAGUGUGGCCACUGACCCGAGUGCAUCUGGCUACACUAUGUGGGGGCUUUCUACUGGCCCUGGCACUGAUGCUGCAGCUUAAUGCCUGGAUCUGCCAAGUUGUUCUGCGCCACUCCCAUCAGAUUGCCCUGCAGAGACACACACUGCCCUCUGCACGCAUACACACACGUCGACGUGUGCAUACUCUCGCACUCAUCCUUGCCAUCUUUGCCAGCUGCUGGAUCCCUUUUGCACUGUAUGGUCUACUUGGAGAUGGAUCAUCACCUGGCCUAUACACAUAUGCCACUCUGGUGCCAGUCACAGGAAACUCUUUGCUCAACCCCUUGAUUUAUGCUUACAGAAACACACACGUACAACGAGCACUGAGACAGGCUUGCUGCUGCUGCCUUCCAAAUACAUUUCACAAAAACACGCACACGCCAAGUGACGUUUAACAGACGUCAGAAGAUUAUCUGAAAUAUGCCAUUUGGUGCCAUGAUACAUCAUGCUUUAAUUAACUUACCAGACUCGAACACAUAUGCACAUGCACUGCCAGGCAAAAGUUUGGACACACUAGAAUAAAAAUAUUGUCUAUUUUUUAUUGUUCAAAAGAUAUUUUUAUAAAGGCUCACAUUUCCCAUGACAAAUAUUAAGAUUAAUGCCCAUAUAUUCAAUUAUUUUUAGAAUCUUUACUUUUACCCUUUGUUUUUCCACCUCCUAGAGAACAAUCCCAUAUACAAUUGGGUUUUGAAAAUGCCAAGUGUAUACAAAGGUUAAUCAAGAACACUUUUUUCCACAUGCAUUUUUUUUAUUGACACAUUUAAUGUAUGUUGCAUAAUCCCAUCAUGUUUUAUAGUGAUUAUAUAUUCAGUAUUAUUCUGAAAAAAUGUUAAAAGGGAGUAAACUCUUCUAUGAACAGAUGUGUCCAAGCAUUUGACUGAAAGUGUCCUCACCAUUGCCUCCUUAGGAAACUGUGCAAGUAGCCAAGACUUCCACUUGACCUGUGAUAACUGAAUCACAUGAACUGAUGUCUCACUCAGACUCCUCUCCAACAUAUGUUUAUGUCUUGUAUUCUUCUUCUGUUUUAAUGUUUGUUUGUAUUACAAAAACAUCCAAUAAAACUGUGUUCAUCUUUUACUUCCUAUAACUUAAGAAGAAAAAUGACCAAGUACAACAACAUGACCAGUAAAAAAAAAAAGAAAGAAAAGCGUGUUUCCUAAGAGUUGGUUUUGCAUCAUUUGUCUUCAAUUUGUGCCUAUUUUCACAAACUCUGACAUUCAGAGAUGGUACUGGAGUAAAUCAAAAAAAGAAUAGCACUUUACAAUGACUUGACAAUUUGUACCAAUUUAGUUUAAAUGUUAUUAUUUCAAUUAUUUAAUUAUUUAUGUAUUUAUUGACUGAUGUACUUGACAUUUGUUAAAUUUAUGGAUGCAUUCUUUUUAUAAUUCAGGUAUGUGCAGUUUGCACGGGGUGCAAAUGUUCAAGCUAAUGAGUAUUCUUUUUUUAAUGAAAUGUUUUGAGAUGAUCUGUGUUUGUAAAAUUAAAAUAAAUAAUGGUUUUGAGUAAAAUGACUGCUACUGUGUCUUAUUUUAUCACGUACAGCAAUGUCACA